UUUCCACCAGAGAGGUUUUGCACUGUCAACUCAUUGUAAUUUAUAGGAGCAUACCCAAUGAAUAAAGGAUAUUUUGAAGAACAAAUAGCACUCUCUGUAUUUUUGUACACUGCGUCGAUGCAAGCAUUAUUCUUCAUGGGGAAAAUCAUUAGUGGGUGUAGAGUGCAUAUUAAACCUCCCCCCCCGUUAGAUCUGUCUGGUGCCCUUGCUGACGUUUGGUAUCUGGUAUCUCUCAUAUUGUGUCCUUAAGGUAUGCCUUAUCCCUGUUUCUGCGCAUGGCACCAACCCUGCCAGUGCUCAAAUGGCUGGUUACCAGGUGCAAGUUGUCAAAGUAGAAGAUAAUGGAAACGUCAGCAUGAGUGACUUGAAGAUGCAGGUAUAAGAUUUAAGAGACAGUGCCACCGACACAGUAGCACAGUUUCUUUAGAAACGUACACUCCUUAUUAAUUUGCAAAACUUUUCCAAGGGUUUCAAUGAAAGUUAGUUGCUGGCGGCGUUUCAACAUUCGAAGUGAUUGGACUUGAGCCAGAAAAACUGGGUCUAGCACACGAGAUCGAGGCUUUCGGGCAAACUUCCCGGAAAAUGAAAUUGGCUUUUCAAGAGCCCAAAUUGGACAAGUCAAAUCCCGAUAGAAAAGUUGUUUUUCCUCGCGAAAUGUACCCGUAAGUCUUGACUUAUGAAAUCGGUAUAUUUCCCUGGUUCUUCACAUAAUGAAUAAAUAAAAUAUUAAUUGUAGUCGAAUCAUUACUUGCAUAAAAAAGGGGCUUAUGUAGAAGUGUUUAAUAUUACAUAAGAGGAUAUCAACGAUGUAAAAUAACAGAAUAGAGCAAUGAUAAUAUGGUCUGUAGUUAACCAUUUUUAAUACCAAUGAAUAACACUUUGACUCUAAUAAUGUCUUGUCAGGUUGAGAAGCACAGCAAAGAUUUGGCCGCCAUCAUGGUAACAUAUCCUUCCACUAAUGGAGUCUUUGAAGAAGGAAUCAGGUAGGCGCCAACGAUUUUCAUAUUCAUAUAAACUUUUGAAGUGUUGGUUUUGGCUAGCGAGGCAAACUGUUGGUGUGGAAUUGGGUAAACUAGGUUGGGAGUGAGCAACCUGUUGAAGUUUGCCCUCAGUUAUUUAUUUUCUACAUCUUCUCCUUAUUGACUAAGUUUAAGAUUUGACCUGGUAAAGGAGGAGGGAGGGGUAGCACAGUAGACAACGGAGGGCGUGAUGCCUACAAAAAGUGAUAUUUCAAACAACUCUUCUAGACACAAUUGCUUUAGAGCUGCUCGUCUAGCACGCCACUCCACCCCAGUCCCCUCCGUCACCCUUUUUCACCUCGUAUUGCCCCAUCAGACAUAAAAAGCGACAUUUUCCUUAGUUAUGUUUGUAUGUCAGUUGUUUACCUCUGGUUAGGCUAUUUUUUCUUAUUUCGCCCAUUCAUAACCCUGUCAAAUUCUUGAAGCGAGGAGGUUAACUAAUUUUCGUCAACCGCGACAAAAUUUGGAAAUAAGUUUAAAUAAAAAGACGAACCUUAUUAGUAAUAACUCAGUUGUUUUGAAUGUGAUAGGGACAUUUGUGACUUGGUACAUGAACAUGGAGGACAAGUCUAUCUCGAUGGCGCUAACUUGAAUGCUCAGGUUUGUUUAUAUUUAUGUUGUUUAUUGUACGGGUGGCAUCGCGUGCACAAAAGAUGGAACAAACUCUUAGUUCCGAUUGGCCACUCAGCAUAGGUCCAUCUGGCCCGACUUUCUUUCACGAUUAAGAGCUUGAAGCCCAAUCUUGGCUUCAUAACAAAUCCUUUAUUGAUUACGUUUUCUCAGCCGAGAUCACAGGAUGUAAUCAUUCCCUGUUACGUUCACGAAGGCCUUAGACACAAAAACGAGAGUAACAAUGGGUCAAAAGAAUGAAACAAAGAUACAUGAACAUCGCCUAGAGAACAGAAACAAGUCACGACAGUGAUUUGGGUCGAUUGAAUCGAGAUCUUUGCAAUAUCGUGAUAGACCUUUCUUUUUUUUUUCUGAGCAUUUUUGUGUUUGAAAUUACCUUCUAAUAAUUACUUGUUUUUGUAACAGGUUGGACUUUGUCGACCAGCGGAUUAUGGCGCCGAUGUUAUGCACACAAAUCUACACAAAACCUUCUGUAUUCCUCACGGGGGCGGGGGUCCUGGUAUGGGGCCUAUCGGAGUGUAAGUAUACAGUUCACUCUUGGCAUGGUUUGACUUGGUGUAAUUGAAAAUCGAUGAUGUCACUCUUCUUUAGGUCUUUACUAAACAAAUGGAAUCAAGACUUCCGGACUUUUUUUUUUUAAUGGCAGUAACUAGCUCUCCGUAUAGUGCCUGGACAAAACAUAUUUUAUAAAAAGGAUCAUGUUGAUUGUUGUAGUUUGCUCAUCUGUGAAUUGAAGAUCAACAAAAAAUGCACUAGAUAAUGAGGAAGACGUUGAUGAGUCAACAACAAACUAUUCUAAAGAUAUUAGAGCGGAUUAAUGUCACUUUCGACUUUUAACGAGUUUUAACUGUUUGUUUAAUGCCCCCACAGGAAAAAGCACCUCAUUCCAUUCUUGCCGUCCCAUCCCGUGGUUGCACCUCAGAGUUCCAGAGGUGAACGUACCCAUCCAUUUGGGGUCAUUUCAGCAGCUCCAUAUGGCUCCAGUGCUAUUUUACCCAUUUCCUGGUCGUACAUCAAACUUAUGGGCCCCAAUGGUCUCGCACAUGCAACUAAGGUUAGAAUCAUUCUUUCCUUUUUUAUAUUAUUCAGAACAUUUCUAGUUUUGAUUUAGAUAUUUCCCCAAAGUGGAGCCAUUUACGUGUAAACAGUAUGGCAUUCGGUUAGAAAAGUUUUCUUGCAGCAUGAUUUGUGUGUAACAACCUCAACUAGGCUAGAAUGGCAUUUUCCUUUUCGUAGAUUAUCAUUUUGUAAUCUUUUUGCUUUUUUUACUUUAUAGAUUGCAAUUUUGAACGCAAACUACAUGGCUGCCAGACUGAAGGAUCACUAUGAUGUUCUGUUCAUCGGAAAAGACGGUAAUGUCGCUGUGGAUUUGGAAAAGUGAUUUUGGAUCUUCCAUUUAGUGAACUCUCUCGGGACUGGAAAAAAUUUCCCUGAAUAGAUGUGUCCAAAAGUGAACAAAAGUGUCGAAACUUUUUUUUUUUUUCACUUUUGGUAACUUUUAAAAGUUUCUUGACAUUUUCUUUUUCUUUUUACCAGGUUAUUGUGCCCAUGAGUUUAUUGUUGACGCCAAAGAUUUCAAGAAAUUUGGUAUUGAAGCAAUCGACAUUGCUAAGAGACUUCAGGAUUAUGGUAAGGAAAUGUAACGACUGUUUGGAUGAACCAAACAAGGCCAAUGCAAAAUGAAACCAUCUUUCACGGCUCAAAAAGCAAGAUAACACAUAAUGAGAACCGAUAUUGCCGGGAAGCAUGUUGCUUGUUGCGUGAAAACGAGGUUCUGAUUAAAAAGCGCGGGAAAAUGAGUAACGGGUGCAAAGCGUGAAAAUAUGUAACACGUGCCAAGCGCGGAAAAAUAUGUAAUCGGUGCCAUAACAAGAACAACAAAUAAUCUUCUGGGGCGUUGUGAUCGGUCGCCUAGGUAUUUGGGCAGACAGUGGUUGGUCAAAUGGGAUUAUCAUAUUUUAUUUUAUGAAACAGUGUUAAAACUGUUCUUUGAAUGGAGAUAACAACUUUAAAUUUUUCAAUUUUACUGUAGGUUUUCAUGCGCCCACUGUAUCUUGGCCAGUGAGCACUGCCCUAAUGAUCGAACCCACAGAGAGCGAAAGCAAAGCUGAGUUGGACAGACUAUGCGAUUCACUCAUAAGUAAGUAAAUUCUGUUCAUUCUUUAAAUGGUAGUAUGAAUUUUUUGACAGCACUGUUUUAUCAUUAAUUAUCUCAUUCAAAGUGUCUGCUCGUCAGAUAAGAAAAUUUCUCAGAAGACGAGGUUACUUUAAGUAGAAAUAUGGCCCGUUUUGCUUUCCUUUAUCACUGUUUUCCUCCUCGCUUGCCUCCAGACGUCUGAUUUAAGGAGGCAAGUUUACGUUACAAGAUCGCGAUAGUUUCCCAUUUCGCUACUUUUAAGUGAAUGUGGGCUGCGAGGUGUGCUGCCAAGAUGGCAGCUUUAUAUUUUUAUUUUACUUCCUCUUCAAUUCCCUUCUUUCUUUUUGCCAAUUUCUAAUUCAAAAAAAAAUCGGAAUAUGGCAAUUUAUGUUUUGUGAUAUAGUUUUUUGAUAACCAAAAAACGAGUAAUGAAUAAUAAAAAUAAAAGAUGACCUUUCUUUCCCCCUUUUAUCUUUUUCUCUCAUUUUCUUUUUUCAUUACUUCAUUAGUUUAUUUGAAUUGUUUGGGAUGAUAACAGUGAAUUUUUUUUUUGUUUUUUUUUUUUUAUCUGCAGUGAUCCGCGAAGAAAUCCGUUUUAUAGAAGAAGGCCUAAUGGAUAAAGCAAAUAACCCAAUUAAGGUACAUUUUGUAUUAAAUCGUUUGAAAGUAGAGCACUUACUCCUUAUUAUCGAAAGAGAGCUGAACUACUGUAAACUAUUUCUGAACUUGCCUUUCAACAAUUUUCGUUCGUUACAUAGAUACGUUCUCUCCUUAAGACGCUCCUUUGAAGAACGAUUUAUGUAAUCUUGUCUUCAAUUAUCUACAGAAUGCCCCACACACCCAGGAUGUAGUCACUGCAGAUGUAUGGGAUAGACCUUACAGUCGAGAAGUUGCAGCCUUCCCCGCUGUGAGUACAGAAUGUUUAAUUGUUACAACUUUACUUUCGUGUCACGCAGCAUUCGUGUCGAUACCCUUGACGCCAACUUGGUCGCUCCAUGACUCGUAACGCUUCUAUGUGCCGUAGCACUUAGUCUGCGCAGUCAGCUGUCGCGCAAUCUUGACCCACCGUCAAUUAUCUGAAAGCUUGCUACAACGAAAAUUAUACGAGUAGAACAAAAACAUACCAUAAUACUGGGUCAAGCGAAAUAAUGUUUCUGCCUGUAGCAACCAAGUUAUGGCGUAGAUGAUGUUAACAAGACAUAGAUAGAGACCUUAACCUUUUCAGAAUGUCUAGCUUCGAAUCUAUCCUUUCAGAAUCACCCUAGUAUCAAAUGAAAAGGUCAUGAGAUGAGAAGGAAUUUUCACUAAUUUAAGAAGCUCCAGAUUGUUCAAAAAGAAAUAAUCCUUGUUAAAAUCAUAGGAAAUAUAAAAAGAACAAUGUGGGACAAAAUGACUGUUUAUCUGGAAAGAGUUCAUGCAUUUAGACCCUCUAACACUUGUAUCUUACAUGAACAGAGGGCUAUCAAGACGUGUGUUGUAAAUUUUGAUAGAAGUAUCCUCUUUUAGCCUGAGUGUAAGAUUUUCUGGGGGUUUUUGGUGAAGGGGCAGCAAAAGGGUUUCCCUCUCCCAUCUCUAUCACCUUCGGAAAGUUUGCAACCCAUGCUGACAUUUCACGUGGUUUGUUUCGCCAGCCUUGGUUAAAGGGAACCGCAAAAUUCUGGCCAACGUGUUCACGAGUAGAUGACAGAUAUGGCGACCAACAUCUGGUGUGUUCGUGCCCACCUCUUGAGAGCUACGAUGAUGAAAAAACCAAGUCUUUUGCUUAAGAAUGUUACAGAACAAUAUGGAGUUGUCAUCCUUUGCGGGCUUCCUUGAAAUCCGUGGGAUAUUGUGCUUGCCGUUAUGUUCUUGGGAACGCCUGGUUUUGGCAUCUUGAAGAGAACGAACAAUUUGACAAAAAUCGACAAAAUACUUAAAGAAUUUAAGUAGUUUUUCAGAUUUAUCGAUGGCACAAACCUGGACGUGCUAAAUGUUUGCGAUAUCAGGACGAUACCUUCAAUGAAAAUCAGUACGAACACCUCACCUAGAAAAAACGUAUGUACUUUCACGAGGUUUUACUCCGUAGAAGAUCAUAAGAUUCUUUUGAUAGAAGAGAGCUUUUGAGUCCACGCUUUCCGACUGACUUUUCACCAAGAUAUGAAGCUUUAAUUUCCAGAACAGGAGGGAGCUACGUCACACUACUAAGUUAUUUUUGCAACUUUCAAAGUUAACUUUAGAUCAAAGGAAAGCUCACAAGAUUAGUUUGCUAAGUGGAACGCGUGGAAGUGGUAAAAAUAAACUGUUAUUGGGGAACGAGGAUGAUUGAUAAUGGAGAAGAUUAAGAUAUGAAAAUUAAAAAAUUGAAAAAUGUAGGUUAAAUUUCCAAGAAGAACAAAUCUUCGCGGAACUUAAGUAACUAAAUCUUCGCGACUCUUCGGACAUCACUUUCUUUGUCUCUGGCGCGGGUCCGUGACGUAUUGGUCUUUGAACGUCACCGUGUGGAGAAUCUAAAGUCGUUCUGGUUUGAGGGCAUUUAGGGAAUUAAAGUCUCAGGCGUUCGUUUUAAGAGGGUUCAUUUGAUAAGUUAAUGUCCUUCUACUGUUCCCUUUUGGCCUCUUGACUUUGUUUACGAUAAUAAAUGUUCAGAUAAAAAGUUCAGCUAAAUUUAGAAUUGUUUAGGACGCGGUUUUGUUAAACAACAUUUAAACUUUGCUUAAAGAACCGGUCCUUUGUGUUUUAACAUAUUUCGAGAGAGGAUCGUUAUUCUGUUUUGUUUGUUGUCACUUAUUGGGUAUUUUAGGGGGUGCCGCACGACUAAUAUGACAAUGGAAUAAAUGAAAAAAGCAAA